UUACGGACGACACAUUGACCAAAUCGUAUCAAUAUUAUAUUGUCUAAAUAAACGUCGAGAAUAAAAAUAAUUUUGCCAUAAAGAUGGAAAAGCAAUUUCAAGAUGGAAAUAACUAUCCCUUAUUCAUGGACAACAACGAUAGUCUAGGGCAUUUUCGACAGCGUUUUUACUUGAAGAAGGACAGUAUUUACAUGUGUGGAAACUCGUUAGGACUAGCAACAAAGGACGCAGAGGAAUCUAUACUAAACGUUGUUGACAAAUGGAAAAAAGAAGCCAUCAAAAUUUGGAAUGUGGAGGAGAACAAAUACCAUCUGUAUUCAAUACAUUUAGCUAAAUUAAUGGCGGAGUUGGUCGGUGUCGACGAUGACGAAGUAGCCGUUACUGCUUGCACUACUGUUAACAUACACCAGGCGGUUAGCACUUUUUAUAAACCAACUAAGGAUAAGUACAAAAUACUUGUAGACGAUAUCAAUUUUCCUACCGAUCGAUACGCCAUUGAAAGCCAAGUCAGACUAAAGGGAUACGAAAUAAAAGAUGCAGUUAAAAUUGUUAGGUGCAAAGGAAAAUUUGUCGAUGAGGAUGAUGUUAUUGAAGCAAUGACUCCAGAUGUCGCAUUGGUCUUGUUGCCGACAGUAUAUUACAGAUCAGCGCAAAUUUUAGACAUGAGAAAGAUAAGUGAAGCGGCAAAGAAGAGGAAUAUUAUCAUAGGAUGGGAUUUAAGUCACGCUAUUGGCGCGGUCGAAGUUAAUUUAAAAUCAUUGGACAUAGAUUUUGCUGUUUGGUGCACGUAUAAGUAUUUAAACGGUGGUCCAGGUUCUACGGCAAGCUUAUACAUAAACAGAAAACACUUCGAUCAGAUCCCAGGCCUGGCUGGUUGGCACGGUAACAAGGCAGACACCCAAUUCAAAUUGCUCCAAGAAUUCGAACACCGACGAGACGCUACCGGUUGGCAGAUUGGAACACCGCACCUUUUUUCAAUGGCGGGACUCGAGGGCUCCUUGAAGUUGUUCAAAGAAGCUGGACUGAAGAAUAUUAGGAAGAAAUCCCUCCACAUCACCGCGUACUUAAUGUUUCUAGUAGACACUAAGUUAUCAAGUUACGGAUUUACAAUUGGUAACCCGAGGGACGAUGAGAAGAGAGGGGGUCACGUGUGUUUGGAACAUGACGAGGGCUACAGGAUUUCGUUGGCGUUAAAGGCUCGAGGCGUCGUUCCAGAUUUCAGAGAUCCGAAUGUCAUUCGUCUGACUCCCGCUGCUUUGUAUACGACUUACGAAGAGGUCUAUAGAAUGGUUGAAAUCUUGUUGGACAUCGUUAGAAGCGAGUCUUAUAAGGAAAUUAGUGACGCAAGAAAUAUGGUUGUUUAAACUAAUAUUGUUAUGUUUUAGUCAUU